UUUCAGUUUUAUUUCCAAAAUGGAGGGAAAUAUGUAAGCUCUCUUCGCAGCAAAUCUGGAAAUUGUGUCAUUACAUUUUUUAAUUUCUUCAGAUAUUCAUCUGUACAUGUAUUUCAAGAAUUAAAGAUAGCUAGGGUUUCGGAAAUGAAUACCCAGAAGAAAAAAGCUAAUAGGAGACUCAAAUCUGUUGGAGAAGAUUGCAUUAGUGAGUUGCCUGAUGAGAUUAUCAUCCAUAUCCUCUCUUUUUUACCAUCAACCAAAUUAUGUGUAAAGACUUCAGUUUUGUCCAAAAGAUGGCACCAUCUUUGGACCUAUGUGCCUAACAUCAUUUUGACUGAAUAUGACUUCCCAUAUGAUGAAUGUGAGCAUCACAUCAUGGAAAGAGUGGUCAACAAAGCACUAGCCCUCCACUCUUCUUCAAAGAUCAAUUAUUUCUCCAUCCAAAUUCCAGAUUCACAAGACCUGUAUGAGUCAAUUGAGUCGUGGCUUCAAUUAGCUGCGGGAAGGGCAGUUGAGUCCCUUACUUUAAAUAUUAAUGGAAGCUCUGCUCGUUAUUUGUUUCCUGAAUUCCUAUACUCUAAUUCCAAUAUCCAAAGUUUAACUACUAAGUUAUGGGAAUUUGUGCCAGAUGCGAGAAUUUCAUGGUCAGCCCUUAAAGAGUUGAGCAUACGGCAAGCAACUUUGAAUGAUGAAGUCAUUCAAAAUAUUUUGUGUGGGACUCCAGUUCUUGAGGACUUACAGUUGCACUUCUGCCACGGAAUCAAAUUGCUCGACUUAUCUUUAAAACCUAAGUUGAAAAACUUGGUCAUAAACGUUAAAGAAUCUUAUUUUGGGGAUAGAGAUUAUGAUUUUAAGCUUAAAAUUGUGGGUCCUUAUGUCGAGAUAUUAAAACUUCACUGGAGUCGGGAUAAUCUCAGGUGCAAGUUGAUGAAUAUGUCAUCUUUAGUUAAAGCUACCCUGGAUAUUGAAGUUAUAGAUGAUGAAGAUGGUGAAGAUGAUUACCAAGAGUGGUGUCCUGAUAUGGUUAAGGAGCUCGUUGAGAAUGUUCUUCCUUCUGAGCAACUACAACUAACGAAUUUCUGUACUCUGGCUCUCUCAACAUUGAGAAUGGAUGUUAUGGCGUCUCUAUCAUCAAAUUUGAAAUCUUUAAAUGUCGACUGUCGCGGUGAAGAGUAUCUCUGUGGUAUUGAACGCAUUCUUCAGUGCUCACCUAAGCUGGAGAAGUUAGUUAUAUUUUUCGACUAUGGUAGGUCCUCUAAGUCAAAAUCUGAUGGCUAUAGAAAGGGUUAUUGGACAAAUGCAGAGAAACCAAGUUGUUUGGGUUCCCAUCUCAAGACCAUCGAGGUAUCUGACUUGAUAAGAACUCGAGUUGUAGUUGAAUUUCUCCAGUUCUUACUCAUGAAUUCAAAUAUAUUAGAGAAGAUGAUCUUCCGUCACUCUGACCAUAAAUCUGGUUUGAAAUUGGCUGAGAAGUGGUCAAGCUUUCCAAGGUCUUCGCAGCAAGCAGUGUUUCCAGUAGCUACUAAAUGGUAAUACAAUAUGCAACAAUGUACCAAGGAUAUUUCAGAUUAGUUUUUAACUCAUUAUCCAUUUUUAGAUAAAAUAUGAUAAACUCCUAUGAAGGCUCAUGUACUAUUUGAUUUUUAUUUAAUUAGCCCUUCAUAAAUUUAACUUUUCA